AUGCCUCACCCAGUUCCAGUCCCAGCUGCAGUCCAGAAAAUAGUCUCCAACCCCGUUUCGACCCGGGAUGACCUCGUCGACCUGCUUCAUGCGCUCAUCACCCCCUUGUCGGCCGCACAGUCCGAAGGGGGUGCACGUGUCCGUGUGGGCUUCUCGGGCACCCACUUUGAUACCUCCGCCGCCGAGAUGGAGGGGUAUGCUCGAGCGUUGUGGGGGUUGACUCCUCUGCUCUCGAUCGAGCCGGAUAGGAAGGGGUUUGAGGGGAUGAGGCAGAAGUGGGCAAGCGGUCUGGCCGAGGGGACCAACCCGGACAGCGACGAGUAUUGGGGUGAUGUCCGCAACCAUGAUCAGCGGAUGGUAGAAAUGGCCGCCUUGGGCUUCUCGCUCUGCCUCGCACCCCAUGUCUACUGGGACCCGCUCUCGGACACCGAGAAGAAGGCAGUCAACAAAUGGCUACUCACCGCCAAUGGCUUCACCUUCCCCGCAAACAACUGGAGAUACUUCCGCGUCUUUAUCAACCUCGGACUCAAGAAGGUCGGCGCCGAAUUCUCGCAGCAGGCUAUUGAUGACGAGCUCGAGUACAUGGAGUCAUUCUACGGUCCAGAUGGACUCCCCGCAGACGGUGUCCAGCCCAACUGCAAGGGCUAUGAUUACUACGCCACCUCGUUCGCCAUCCCCUUCUACUCGCUCAUCUACUGCCGUCUUGCAGGGGAUACCGACCCUUCGCGGGCCAAGAAGUAUCGCGAGCGAGCCAAGCAGAACAUGCCACUUGCGAUCCACCUCUUUGGGACGGACGGUGCUGCGAUCCCUUUUGGACGGAGCAUGACUUAUCGGUUUGCUUGUGCCGCAUUCUGGUCCGCCGUGGCUUUCGCCGAGCUCGACCUCCCCGAAGGCUUCACAUGGGGCAUAGUCAAAGGUCUCGUCCUCCGCAACAUCCGAUGGUUCAGCCAGCGCGAGAGCGUCUUCAACCGAGACGGAAGCUUGACGAUCGGCUGGGCAUACCCGCAGUACUUCCUCAGCGAGGACUACAACUCGCCUCAGUCGCCUUACUGGGCGCUCAAGUCGCUCCUCAUCUUGGCGCUCCCCAAAUCCCACCCGUUCUGGGCUGCCAAAGAGGAGGCUUAUCCAUCGCAUUUCCUCAAAGAGUCGACGUACACUGUCAAAUCAUGGGGCCAGACCUUUAGCCAUGCGGCCGGACAUGACCUUAUGCUCUCUUCUGGAUCAUACACGGACCACGUCCAUCGCGCAAACUUUGCAAAGUACGGCAAGCUCGCCUACUCUGCCCAGUUUGGCUUCUCGACAUCUACCGGCCCGCACGGUCUGCGUCAAGUCUGCCCAGACUCUACCUUGGCGCUCUCGGACGACAAGGACGAGGUGUACUGGCGGGUAAGGUACAGCUGUACCGAGGUGGAAGUGAGGGAGAACGGAGUCAUCCGGGGUGUCUGGAAGCCAUGGAACGAUGUGACUGUGACUACCUACCUUGUCCCCCCUCAGUCUACCGAUACGCCUUACCACACCCGAUUCCACCACAUCCAAACCGCCCGUCCCCUUACGGCCGUCGAUGGCGGCUGGGCGAUCCACUCGCACACUGGUCCGUCGGAGCACUCGGAGCGACGCCUGCCUAUCGUCACUUCCAUCUCCGAAUCCGAAGACGGGAGCUACGAGUCACCCACCGGGAACUGCGCCAUCGCCAUCUCCAAAGCUGGGAUCUCGGGCAUUGUCGAUUUGAGCGGGACAGGAAAGGCGGUGGUACUCGAUGUGGACGGAAGCAGUAACCUCAUUGCGCCGAGGACUGUCAUCCCGGCUGUGCGGACGCAGGUGGAUGGGGAGGUGUGGCAGGCGAGUAGGAUAUACGGGGUGCCGGCGAAAGAAGGCAGAGUGACGGGGUGGUUGAAGGGGUGGGAGGCGGAGGUGGGCGCAGACAAGAAGGGGGUCCAGGAGCUGAUGAAGGAGAUGGGGGUGGAGGUGUAA